AUGUAUGACAUCAAUAACAAGAUUCCGGUAGUGGUUCUGGGUGGCUGGCCCAUCAUCCUCAUCCGUCUGCUUGGUGUCGAUUUCGUCAUCCUCAUCAUCUUCAGCUACCCGUGUGCUUGGAGCUGCCUCAGCCUCAUCAUCUUCUUCUACAUCCUCCUCCUCUCCUGUAAGUCCCUGGUUGUGAUAUCGGAGCUGGUGCCCACGGCCGUGUCUGAAAUGAUAGGGCAUGCCGGCGACCCCAUGGAAAGCUCUGACUUUUCUGGAUGCUGUGCUUCACCAAUGGAGGAACUCCAUGGAUUAUUAAUUAGUUCUUACAGUUCUAGAACCAUGACUGAUGGCUUGGUGACUUUCAGGGACGUGGCCAUCGACUUCUCUCAGGAGGAGUGGGAGUGCCUGGACCCUGCUCAGAGGGACUUGUACGUGGAUGUGAUGUUGGAGAACUAUAGUAACUUGGUCUCGUUGGAUUUGGAGUCAACAUAUGGGACCAAAAAUAAAAUUUCAGAAAAAGACAUUUUUGAAAUACAUUUUUCCCAAUGGGAGAGGAUGGAAAGAAGUAAAACUCUCGGCCUUGAGGCCUCCAUUUUCAAAAAUAAUUCUAAGUGCAAAAGCAAAUUGGGGGGAAUACAGGGACAUCAAGAGGGAUACUUUAGUCAAAUGAUAAUUAGGUAUGAAAAAAUGCCCACUUACAGAAAAAGUAAAUCUUUUCGUGUACAUCAAAGAAUUUGUAAUAGAGAGAAAUGCUGCAUUUGUAAGGAAUGUGGGAAGGCUUGUAGUCAUGGCUCAAAGCUUGUUCAACAUGAGAGAACUCAUAUGACUGAAAAACACUUUGAAUGUAGCGAAUGUGGGAAGGACUUUUUUAGUGCCUGUCAGCUCACUGUGCAUCAGAGGUUUCACACUGGUGAGAAACCCUAUGAAUGUAAGGAGUGUGGGAAAACCUUUAGUUGGGCAUCUAGUCUUGUUAAGCACGAGAGAAUCCAUACUGGUGAGAAACCCUAUGAAUGUAAAGAAUGUGGGAAGGCUUUUAGUCGUGGCUACCACCUCACUCAACAUCAGAAAAUUCAUAUUGGUGUGAAAUCUUAUAAAUGUAAGGAAUGUGGAAAGGCCUUUUUUUGGGGCUCAAGCCUUGCUAAACAUGAGAUAAUUCAUACAGGUGAGAAACCUUAUAAAUGUAAAGAAUGUGGGAAGGCCUUCAGUCGUGGUUAUCAACUUACUCAGCAUCAUAAAAUCCAUACUGGUAAGAAGCCUUAUGAAUGUAAAGUAUGUGGGAAGGCUUUUUGUUGGGGCUAUCAACUUACUCGACAUCAGGUAUUUCAUACUGGCAAGAAACCCUAUGAAUGUAAGGAAUGUGGGAAGACCUUCAAUUGUGGCUCCAGUCUUAUUCAACACGAGAGAAUCCAUACUGGCGAGAAACCCUAUGAAUGUAAGGAAUGUGGGAAGGCCUUCAGUCGUGGCUACCACCUCACUCAACAUCAGAAAAUCCAUACUGGCGAGAAACCUUUUGAAUGUAAGGAAUGUGGGAAGGCUUUUAGUUGGGGGUCAAGCCUGGUUAAACAUGAGAGAAAUCAUACUGGUGAGAAGUCCUAUGAAUGUAAGGAAUGUGGGAAGGCCUUUGGUAGUGCCUAUCAACUUACUCGACAUCGGGUAUUUCAUACUGGCGAGAAACCCUAUGAAUGUAAGGAAUGUGGGAAGGCCUUCAGUCGUAGCUACCACCUCAUGCAACAUCAGAAAAUCCAUACUGGCGAGAAACCUUUUAAGUGUAAGGAAUGUGGAAAGGCCUUUAGUUGGGGAUCAAGCCUUGUUAAACAUGAGAGAAUCCAUACUGGUGAGAAGUCCUAUGAAUGUAAAGAAUGUGGGGAGGCCUUUGGUAGUGCCUGUCAACUUACUGCUCAUCGGAGAUCUCAUACUGGCGAGACCCCUUCUCCAUGUAAGGACUUUGGGAAGACCUUUGUUCAUGGCUCAAAUCUUGUUCAACACAAGAGAACUUACAGUAAUGAUAAACCUUAUGAAUAUAAAGAAUGUGGGAAAGCCUUUAUAUGGACAACUUACCCAAAUGAGACAAUUGAUACUGAUGAAACUUUAUGUUGAAGAAAUGUGAACACAAUUUUUAUGUGUAUGAACAACUUAAUAUGAGGAGAAUCUUACUCUUGAGAAAUUAUAAAUGUAGGGGAAUGUGUAAAAGCCUUA